AUGGAAAAAGGCAUUGCUGCCUUAAAUAAGUCUCUGGACGAGUUGGAAAAUGCAACAAACAUUACUAACGCUACAGCAGCACUUAGCAAAGUUUUGGAAACCGUUUGCGGCGUUAAACGAAAGGCCGAAUAUGUAUGUAUUGAAGAAAGAAAGCUGUUAAAAUCAUGUAAACGCAGAAUCGGACAUCUCAGUCAGCUAUGUUUGCUGGAUGCUGGGGUUCUUACUCCAGUUUCAGAUGAGCGACAUUCCAACGUCAUAAAUAACCAAAAGUCUGAAGAAUCAAUGUCGAAAGUUAAUAGCAAUGAAUCAGAUAUUACACCUAAACGCUGUUCUCCCCAUUCUGUCGAUAAACGCGCACUUUGUCUUGCCAGAUUUCAAAGACACUUGACAGAUUAUCUUUUUACCAGUGGUCAACCUUUGUCAGCUUUGAAAUUCGCUCAGGAGAAGGCUGAACUUGGUGAUCUAUGUAUGAUGGAAGUUUUUGAUGAAGCUGUGUCUAUUGAAAAGGCGCUUUUAGAAGGAGAUACAGGUCCAGCAUUUGCCUGGUUGCAAGAAGCUAACUUCAAGUUGAAGAAGAAUGAUUCUUAUUAUGAGUUUGAUCUUCGUGUAUUCGAAUUCUAUCUACUUGUCAAGCAAGGGAAACGAAUUGAAGCUAUUCAACAUGCUAGAAAAUACAUGAAUUCAGCGAAACAAGCUGAUGAUUAUCGCGCUACAAAACUUGGUCAGGCAAUGAUUUUAUUGGCAAUGCGUACUCCCGAAGAACUUCAGAAUAAGGCAGAUCAAAAUAAGCUAACAGAGAAGUGGAUAGUGAAAAGAACUCAUGAAGUGCUCAUGGAAUUUUAUGCCUACAAUAUUUAUACCCCGUUUCAGUUGGCUGUUAAUGCUGGGAUUACAGCAAUCAAAACUCAUUAUUGUUACAAUCCGAAUACUCAGCAUCGAGACUGUGCUGUUUGUCAUCCGUUAAUCAACUUAUUGGCUGUAAAUUUACCAUUUGCUCGUCAUGAUCAUUCUAUAUUGACGUGUUACAAAACUGGUCUUCCUAUGAAUGACGAAAAUCCUCCAAUGUCAUUACCAAAUGGUUAUGUUUACAGCCAAAAAGGUAUCGCUGAGCUAACACGCUCAGAUGGAACAAUAACUUGCCCACGUUCAGGGAAAACAUUCGAAGCCUCAGAAGUUCAGAGAGUCUACAUAGUCUGA